AUGGCGCUAGCCGCUGAUCAGCGGAAGAAGAUCCUCAAGGUCUUGAUGACAUCUUUGCUUCUGGAUUUGAUAUCCUUCACUUUCAUUCUACCGCUAUUUCCUUCCUUAUUGACUUUCUACCGCAACGAAGACCCUUCCCCUGUGUCUCUCUUGAAUCGGAUAUUUCACUAUCUGAACGCUUACAAGAACGCUUUUGCCAAACCAAUCGACUCCCGCUAUGACAUCGUCCUUCUAGGAGGCGCCCUGGGCUCGCUUUUCUCUUUUCUUCAGGCUCUUGCCGCCCCAUUUAUCGGGCGUCUCUCCGACAGAUAUGGCCGCAGGACGGCGCUUCUAUACUCUAUGGCGGGCAAUACCCUUAGCGUCGCGCUCUGGAUAGCUGCCACAGACUUUCGCACCUUUGUUGCUAGUCGCAUUGUUGGCGGCCUUAGUGAAGGCAAUGUGCAGCUGGCUAAUGCUAUAGCCACUGAUAUCAGCGAUGCCAGUCAGAGGGGCUCGACCAUGGCAUUAGUGGGCGCUUGCUUUAGCAUUGCAUUUACAUGCGGCCCAGUGCUGGGGGCGGCACUUUCCAACAUUACGACCGUAGCUGCAAAUCCAUUUGCAACAGCUGCGGGAGUGUCACUCUUUCUAAUCGUCGUUGAGACACUCUACCUGUACCACUGCCUUCCGGAGACGCACCCCCGUCUUACCAAGCUCACCCAAGCUACGCCCCAGUCCAACCGUACCAACUUUGCGAGCAGUGGAAUAAGUCGUUCAACACCUCGCGUGCAUAUCAACAACCCUGCUAUGCUCAAUCUGAUUCAUUUCCUCUUUCUUCUUCCUUUCUCGGGCUUGGAGUUUUCCCUUCCCUUUUUGACUGCAACAUUCUACGCCGGGCACAAAACAAGCCCUUCCGCGCUAAAUGGCCGUCUCUUAUCCAUGAUGGGUCUCAUUGCAUCCUUGCUCCAGGGUACCGUCGUACGACGCUUACCUCCGCUCAUUACUGUCCGUGCGGGUGUGGUAGCUUGCACCGUUUCGUUCUUCCUUCUUGCUCAUGUUUCUUCCUUACCUGGGCUAUACGCUGCCAGUGGAUUUCUAGCCAUCACUAGCGCUACUGUAGUAACCGGGCUGAACAGCCUGGGGAGCCUCGAAGCAUCAGAAGGAGAGCGCGGCGCUGUGCUGGGCCGGCUGAGAAGCUGGGGACAGGUGGGCCGCGCAACGGGGCCUUUACUUUUCUGUUCACUCUUUUGGUGGGUUGGCCGCGAGAUUGCCUAUACCACUGGAGGAUUCUUGAUGCUUGCUGUUUGCGUGGGGGUGUUUACGACGUUGAAGUCGCCUCCUAUUCCACCAGCUCUAAAGAAGAAACGAUGA